CACACUGAAAGCAUGAAGCCUUCUCCAACUGUCAACAACUUGGUUUUACAUGCCAUAUUGUUUAUCAUUAUGAGCGCGGCAACGGCAAAUGAAGCUAACACUGCUAAUAAUUCAACAGAUAACCGACGCGCCUUGAGGGACAGGCUUUUAUCGAGAAAGAAUGCAAUUAGCGUUGCGACAUUGGACACACAGACCAUUAAUGAAGGACAUCUAGUGCCUAAUAUAGAUAGCAAUAAGAUGGAUGAUAUUUUGGACGAUUUCGUACAAAAAGUUUCGACAAGCAAGAAAACAAUUUCAAAUUUGACUAAAUUAAUCGAUAAUUCAGCGGAAGUCGAGAAUGGAAACAAAAAAUCAUCGGUUGCUAAAAGGGAUAUCGAUUACAUGGAAGACGACGUUAGUAUUGAGAAAAGGGAAAUCAAAAACAAAAACGUUCAUUUAAAUGAUGAUGAUGGAAGUAAUAGAAUGGGCGAAUUGAAGAACAAAUUUAUGCCUAGAUCCGGAAAACCAGUUAACAGGAAUUCCUCUGUUGUUACAACAAUUAUUAUUGGGGCUAAUGAGCUUGGCGACUUUAAGCGAAAUUUUAAAAAUUUAUUACGUGGGUCACUCGCUGAACCCUUAUUGACAACGGUAAUAAAAACCAAAUCUGUAUUGAAAGAUAAUAAGUGGAUAACAGCUACAGAGAAGAGCUUUAUAUAUUAUCGUGAUCAAACAAAGCCACCGGAAAUUUCAGAGACUACCACCAAUAGUCAACAAUUUAGAAGUGAAGAAGUCACAGAGAAAGCGUUCAACAUAGAACCCGAUUCACAUAAAUUAAGUUAUGUAAAUGCCGGUCUUCGUAGCAUUGAUGAUGACACUUUACCCAGUAGCUGUGCCGAGAUUAUGAAGCAAAAUUUUGGUGCCCCUGAUGGAGUACAUACAAUAUACGUUUUUGGUUAUGGACCGACCGAAGUAUACUGCUUUGCCGAUCCUGUGGGUACGGGUUGUGCAUGGACUGUCUUUAUGCGUCGCGUGAAUACUGGUGAUUCAUUUGAUCGAAAUUUUGAGGAAUACAAAUUUGGUUUCGGCGACUCACAUGAAAGUUUCUUCCUCGGCCUGGAUCGUAUUUAUGGGCUAACAGCCGAAACAAAACAGGAAUUGGGUAUAUUUACGAAAUUUGAAACAAACGAUAUCGAAGUGGAAAAGUAUUCAUACUUUGUAUUGGGCGGUGAAGAAACCGGCUAUAGAGUGGAAGAGUUGGGCGCAUUUUCGAAAACAUCUGCUAUAAGUCGUCUAACGAGAUUUGUGAAAUUUUCUGCACGCGAUAGGGAUAAUGGCGUUCAGUAUAAUAAAUGUGCACAAGUGCUCGGUAUGGGCUGGUGGUAUUCGGAUAAAUGUAAGAGUGCUAUUAAAUUAAGUGGAGUACGUGCGUAUGUCAAUGCACCCACAAUAAUGGGGCUACGACCAACAAACUGUCGCAUUUAGUAAAAGUGUGAGCGACUCUAUCAACGUAUAAUGAUAUUAUUUACCGGUGAUAGUAAAAAAAAUAUAGGAAUAC